CGAAGCCAAAUUGAAAGCCUACCAUCCUUUUUGAGAGUUGGGUAGUGGGAUUAGGAAAGUUCUCUGCACAGUACACUCAUGCCUAUCUUUUCCUUCUUCUCUUCAAUUUCCGCCGGAAAAUCCUAAUGCACGGCGAACCCACCUGCCGGAAAAACCCAAGUUUAUGUUCAGUCUUCUUGUUUGGGUUUAUUAUUGUUUUAUCGUUGAGUUUUCAUCAUGGCUACUGUAAAUCAGAUAUUUAUAAUGGAUACAGGUUGACACUUGCUGUGCCCGUUGAAUAUAGUGUAGGAUUUAUUGGGAGAGCUUUUCUAAUGGAGACUAAUCAAAUGGCACCAAAUUUUAAAGCUGCAUUGAGCGUUGAAGCUGUUAAUGGGAAAUUCUCUUGUUCUUUAGAGGUUUUUCUUGGAGAUGUUAAGGUGUGGAACUCUGGGCAUUAUUCACAGUUUUAUGUUUCAGAAAAAUGUGUUCUGGAGCUCACACAAGAUGGAGAUUUACAGUUAAAAGGUCCAAAGAAUCGAGUUGGCUGGCGAUCAGGGACUUCAAGACAAGGUGUGGAGAGAUUGCAGAUUUUAAAGACGGGCAAUUUAGUUCUCUUGGAUGCAUUGAAUUUUAUAAAGUGGCAAAGUUUCAAUUUUCCAACUAAUGUAAUGCUCUGGGGGCAGAGCUUAAAUGUGGCCACUCGCUUAACUUCUUUCCCCACCAACUCAACAGAAAUCUACACGUUUGAAAUUCAGCAUGACAAACUUGCUUUAUACCUGUACUCAGGUAAUUCUAACUAUUCUUACUGGGAAUUUAAGCCCUCCAAGAACAGAAACAUCACUUAUAUUGUUUUGGGUUCAAAAGGCUUAGAGAUUUACAGUGAAAAAGCUAAAAAAAUGGCCCAGAUCUUUUCUUCACAGCUAGACCCCCUGAGAUUUUUAGCAUUGGGAAACAAAACAGGAAAUUUAGGACUCUAUUAUUACUCUGAAGAUGAGCAUAGCUUUAAGGCAGCAUUUCAAGCAAUUAACAACACUUGUGAUCUUCCCCUGGCGUGUAAACCUUGUGCCAUAUGUACUUUCUCAAAUACUUGCUCUUCGAUUCAUUUGUUGGAUAAAGUUAAUUCUGGGUGUGGUGAAGGAGCUCCUAGAGAAGUGUUACGUGGAAGAGAAAAGGCUGAAAUGCUUGAACUUCACGGGGUUACUAGUGUACUAAAAAAUGCUCAGAAAAGGGUCAAUGUUAGUAAGGAUUUAUGUUCAGAUUUGUGCAUAGAUGACUGUGAAUGUGUUGCUGCAUUGUACUCUUCUGAUUCAGCAGAAUGCAGACUUUAUGGAGUGGUUAUUGGGGUGAAGCAAAUUGAGAGGGGAAAUGGAUUGAGUUAUAUGGUAAAGGUUCCGAAGGGGACAUGGACAAGCCAUGGUGGUAAGCCAGAUUUGCAAAAGUGGGUCAUAAUCUUGGUGGGAGUGGUUGAUGGUUUGAUUAUUUUGCUUCUUUUUGGAGGGCUGGCUUAUUAUUUGGUUCAGAGGAGGAGAAAAAAGUUAAUGGCUACUGACAACACCACUUCUUGACGCACUGUGAUUUAUCUGUUUCUGGUUUUUUGGUUAUUUACAGAGAUCAGAAAACAUUUUUUUGUUUGUUUUCUAUAUACUGAUGUUCAUAGAAAACAUUUAUUAGCUUAAUAAAUUUUCUCAUAAAGUCCUAA